CAAAAAGCAAACAGCACCCGAGAGAAAAAAAGUUCAGGCUCAUCAUCAUCCAUGGCGACCUCAGAGCUGCACGCGGCGUCCACGGGAUACCAAAUCUCAGAUACCGACGAAGAGGACGAAGCGUGUUGCAGCGAUUCCGACUCGGACUAUGACCCGGACGAUUCGGACGACGACGGCGACGGCGAUCGGGACGGCGGCGGCGGCGGCGUUCCGGACGACGCUCACUCCCAGUUCUCGGAGCUCUCGAUCAAGAACACGGCGAAAUCGCGGACGCGAAAGGACGUCGAUCGGAGUGAUGAUGCUGCGCAGCCUCGGCUCAGGCGAGCUUUAUGGAGAUUGAUGAGAAAGAGGACGAGAGCGCAGAGACGGUUCUGUCGCUCGUACACGCUGGGCAACUUGAGAAACUGAAAGUGGAGCAGUGCAAAGCUUAUCUGAGGAAGAAUGGUUUGAGGCUGACGGGCAACAAGGAGACACUCAUUCAGCGGAUCAAGGAACAUAUAGAGAUCUUCACUGGUAAGGGGGAGGAGAAGUAUCCGGUGUCUAGUUUUGUAUUGAGGUGCAAAGGUGAUGCAUGCACAGGCGAUGUUGUCAUGUUCGAACAGAAUGUCUAUGAACUAUUUAACAUAGCAUCUCGGAGUGCCAGUGGUCCUCCAUGUGGAAAGAGAAUUGUAGCAGGCCGUAUUGUCAAAGAAAGCUACGGUGCUGCUAAACAACAGCAUACUUUCACUAUAGAGGUUCUCUGGAGCAAAGGAGAGAAACCACUCCCUCCCCUUCAUCCUCUGCUUAUCAAGGGCCGAAAUCUUUACCGUUACAACACCAUGAGACAGAGAUGGGAAGAUGAAGGAGAGAGGGCCAAAGCAUUGAUGGAAAAGCAUGCAAGGGGCUCAUUAGCAAGGUCUGAUAGAGAAGCACGACUCCAAGACAAGGAAAGGAGGAAACUUAAGAAGGAAAGCAGGACUUCCAGAAAACAGAACAUUAAGAAGAACGGGGCUCAGAAAAUAUCAAUCUCAACCUCAAAAACAGGUAAUGAAGUGGCGCAAUUAAGAGGAUCAUCUAUUGCCGGUAUUGGCCAGCCAAUAGUUCGGCCUAUACAGAUGAAUUCAACAGAAAACCAUCGUAGCAGAGACCAGUUUCAAGAGAAACGUGGGGACCCUCAGAACCGGGGGAAAAGUUUGAGCUUUAUGAAUACAACUAAACAUGAACUUUCUCAUUCUCGGAACGAUGCUAAUUUGGGUAAUCAGAGACCUAAUCAUAAUUUUUCAAAUAUAAAUGGAGCAGUGCAAGUACCGCACUGGGUUCAUGAGAGGCAGCCAUUGGCAAUUGUGAAUCAGCAUCCAAGGAACUUCAUGGGAGGGCAGAGCAAGGCCGCAGGAAGCCACAACGUUGCCGCUAUUUUGAGCAAGGAAGAUGCUAUUUUGGGGACAAGUGCAAGUUUUUGCAUGAGCAUGGAGAACGUGGGCAAAGGUUUUAGGGGAGAAGAGGGAAAUUAUUUUUUGGUUUCCAAGCCGACUUGGAAAAUGUAGAGCAGUUCGGAUUUUGUGAAUCAGUUUGCCAUUCAAGCACAUUCUCUGCAGCAAAUCGGGGAUUUGUUCUCCAUUUUUAGCAGGUCUAUCUACUAAACUGGUGUUUAUCCCAAAUCCUGAUAAAUGAAAAGUGAAUCGUGGGAGUGGCAAAUCCUGGACUAGUUGAAGACCAUUGCCUCAAUUAUGAAAUUCUUCUUCAAAAAUGUUGGCUAGGAUACUUUUUAUCAUGUGCAAGACCUUUAAAGUGUGGCUUACCGGAAACUAUUAGAUCCAAAGUGUGGCUUUAAAGUGUGGCUCUAAAUGUUGGCUAGGAUACCUUUUAUUAUAUGCAAGACCUUAUCUGGAUUAGCAAACAUACUCUUACGUUCCAA